UCAAAAAGCCGUUUGCUCUUUAUUGAUGGGUGUCGUAUUUCUGUAAUUAAUUUCCAAAUUCAUCAACUUCAUUCACAUUUCGACAUCCUUCCCGUCAAUUGAAAAUGGUUUAGCCAGGGCCGUGUCAAAAUAAGCUCAAGUAUCUGACUGUUAGUGUAAACAAAUCCAAAAUGUCCGUUCCAAGCACUGGUUUGAGCAAGUUGAAAAAGAAACACAUUCGUGUGAAACAUCAAAAAGUCAAAUUGUUUCGUGCUAAUGAGCCCCUUCUAUCGGUGUUUAUGUGGGGCGUGAACCACACGAUAAAUGAACUGAGCCACGUGUCGAUACCGGUCAUGCUGCUCCCGGAUGACUUCAGAGCUUACUCCAAGCUUAAAGUUGACAAUCAUUUGUUUAACAAGGAAAACAUGCCAUCUCAUUUCAAAGUGAAGGAAUACUGUCCACUGGUGUUCAGGAACCUUCGGGAGAGGUUCGGUAUCGAUGACCUUGACUACAAAGAGUCGCUCACGAGGUCACAGCCCAUUCCGGAUGACUCGUCCGGAAAAUCCGGAGCCAAGUUCUAUCAGAGUUACGAUCGGCUGUUUAUCCUCAAAACCCUGACUUCAGAGGAGGUGGAGAGGAUGCACUCCUUUCUUAAACAUUACCAUCCGUACAUAGUGGAGCGGCAUGGCAAAACGCUCCUGCCACAAUACCUGGGCAUGUACCGGCUCACUGUUGACGGCAUCGAACACUACCUCGUCGCCACGAGGAACGUCUUCUCCAACCACCUCAACAUACACAGAAAAUACGAUCUCAAAGGCUCAACAGUGGACCGCGAGGCGUCCGAGAAAGAAUUGGAAAAGGAACUGCCCACUCUCAAAGACAACGAUUUCAUAAAACAGGGCGUUCGUAUCGACAUAGGGGACGCAGCGAAGGAUAAGCUUCUUGAAACGCUUACGGCAGAUGUCGAGUUUCUAACAAAGCUCCACCUGAUGGACUACUCCCUCCUCCUCGGCAUGCACGAGUGCGGUCGCGGCGAGGCCGAGGCGGAGGCCGCGCAGCAGGCCGAGCAGGACUCCGAGCCCGAGUCCGAGACGGACUCCGACACCGACAACAGGCACGGGGACAGAUGGGGCUUCACGACGCCGCCGGACAGCCCGCGCGGCGCCGGCCCGGGCGGAGUCGGGCGGCGCGCACUGUACGCGGGCAUCAUCCCCGAGAUCGACAUCUACGCCAUCCCCAGCCAGGAGGGUGCACCUAAAAAGGAGAUAUACUUCGUUGCGCUGAUCGAUGUAUUGACGCAUUACGGAGUUAAGAAACAGGCGGCGAAAGCGGCCAAGACGGUAAAGUACGGUAGCAACGUGGACGGUAUAUCCACGUGCGAUCCCGAACAGUACGGCAAGCGGUUCAUAGAGUUCGUCGCCAAGGCCAUCGAGGGCAACUGAACAGGUUCACAGCCUGCACUACUUUCAUAACCUCUGUAUAUUGAAGGAAACUAUGUUUACUGUGGCGCCCAACAUUUUUUUAUAUAAUUCAAAUUGCCAGCUAUACUUGGCCAAGCAAAUCUUGUCAGUAGAAAAAGAAGCGAAAUUCAAAUUUUCUAUGGGACGAUAAUCCAUCGCAGCUACAUAUUUUAAAUUUGCCGCCUUUUUCUACUUACAAGAUUUGCUUGACCAUCUUUAUUAGCUAUAACCGGCCAAGUGCGAGUCGGACUCGCGCACGAAGGGUUCCGUACCAUUACGCAAAAAACGGCAAAAAAUCACGUUUGUUAUAGUUGCCUCUUAAAUAUUUAUUUUGUUUUUAGUAUUUGUUGUUAUAGCGGCAAUAUAAAUACAUAGUCUGUGAAAAUUUCUAUCACGGUUCAUGAGUUACAGCCUGGUGACAGAUAGACGGACGGACAGACGGACAUCAGAGUCUUGAGCAAUAGGGUCCCGUUUUUACCCUUUGGGCGAAUUACCCUAUGUACCCAAAAUUGGAGUAUAUGCAUAUCUGCUAUUGAGUUUUAUGUAUCAACUAAGGAUUUCAAAUAAUGAGAGAGAAACUAUAAAUUGGUAAAAAAAAUUGUCUUUUAGUGUUUUGAAUAAAAAAAAAUGGUUUUCUUCAAUGAUGAGAGGUUAAGAAAGUAGGCAUGAUAAGAUGCUUCUUUUAGUUCAUUCUCUGAAUGAAUGAAAAUACAUGAUCUUGUCAAACAAAACUCGACUCUAUUAUCAAAGUUCCAAGACCGUCAUUAGCUUUCUACAUUUUUCUAAAUCUACCUUUAUCGAAUCUUUAUAUUCAAUUUAUUACAUUCUUAUACAUGUAAAUGGGUCAAAAUUCUUUUUGUUGUAUUGUUUUUUGUCCCUAAAAUUGAACGGAGUGGAGUUUUUUGUAUGGGGUGAAUUUUAGUUUUUAAUUUGUCUCAAGAGAAUAACAAUCUACAGCUAGAAAGACAUGCAGUAGCACUCGACUUUUUUAUUUGUUUGAUAAAAAACAGAAAUAAAAGCGUGACAGAGUGGUCAAAACAAGACAAUGUAAAUAAUUUUGACCCACAUGCGCAAAUACAUUCGUAAGCCUAGCAAACCAAAUGGUCAGCUUUUAAUUUUUUUAUGGAAAGAACAGGGUCGCUAUUAUAGUGCUUGUCUGAAAUCUAGAUUUUAUUACAAUACCUAGCUGCACAGUAAUAGUUUUUUAGAUAGUGAUACUAAAAGAAGCACCUAUUUAAGUAAAGCUAAGCUAAAUACAUACAAAUAAAAUGCAAAAUAUAUAAAUAAUUGCGUUCAAACGACGCCUCAAUUAUCGGAUGUUUUCUAAAAUUAAACAGUUUGUCUUCUUGAAUUCCUAAACCGUCUUUAUGAAGAUCUCGCUCAUUUUCGUUUGUGAUCAUAGUUUAACCCUUUACCAGGCUAAGGCCCACUUGCACCAUUCCACUAACCGGGGGUUUAGCGGUUAAACCGUUAACCUAGUGUCAAAUUGUACUGGUAACCAUGGCAACUCUAGAUUUAACCAUUCAACCCCGGGUUAGUGGAAUGGUGCAAGUGGAACUUAGGGAUAUAUAUUUCCCACAUACGUUACUUCAAACAUUUGUGUUCUAUUUUCAAUCAGUAAGACUGACAUUCGAUUGACAUUUUUUAACUGUUAGCCUGGUAAAGGUUUAACCUCUAGCCGCCCAGAGACAUAUAAAAAGGUCUCCUGUUCCAUUCUAAUUUGAACUUUGUGUUGACAAAAUAAAAUUUCAUUUUGCUUGGCAAGGUUUGACGUAUGGGCGGAUAGAGGUUAAUUCGAGAGGACUAAUUGUUAUUAUGCACCAUGUCAAUAAGUCUUGCUCUUUUCAAUAUUUAUGGUGAAGUUGUUAGUUAAAACUGUUUAUAAUGUAUGACAUUACAAACUAUUAAAAGUACAUAUUUAAACGUGCUAAAAUUCGCUUGGCAGCGAUUUUGGCGUCGAUUCUUAUCAAUUGUAGAAAAUGUUGUAAUAUUGGUGAUGUUAUAACACUUUUUAAAUCAGUUUCGUAAGGCAUUUUGACGGCAGUCCCAUGAAUCU